UAAAAGUCAGGCUGAAUGAAUCCUGCUGGACUGAAAGCUCCUCUCUCCCCCACCCUUCUUACCUUCCAAAACCCUAGGACCCACAAUUCACAGGUCUCUUGGACCCCAGCAUAGGGCCACCUUAUGAAGCUUCCCCUCCCUCCAGGGUCCAGGCCCACUUAGUUGAGGGGGCUGUCAGGCUGACGAUGUCUCCCAGCACCUCUCUAGUAUCAGGGAGAACUAGUUAUCAAGGUGUAAUAGGCAAGGUGUAAGAGGCAAGAUGGACUCUCCUUCCUCCAAUCCCAUACACCUCACACACUGGAGAACUCUGGGCAGUCACCUAGUUAGAACUACAUCCUCGUUUCAGAGACAGAGGGACCGAUGCCCAGCAUAGCUUAUAGAGCAGGUUAGAGGGCCCGUGUCAAAGCCCAUGUUUCUCCCAUAUGAGCAGCAAAGAAGGCCAGCACUGUGUUUUGUUAUCCCCUAUCCUGCAGCCUCUAUCUACUGAGGCAGCAGUGGAAGUACCAGAGCUGAGGUCAGGCCUCCACAUAACCUACCACUCUUGACUCUAAUGUCCAGCCAGCAGGAUAGGCCCCAACUCACAAUCCCUACCUUGGGCAGGCAAGGUGCAACGUACCUUCCUCUGACACCAUCCUGUCACUGACAUCCCAGGGCAGGCCCAUGGAAGGAUGGCCCCUUCCCACAGAGCAGUACUCUUGGGGGGCCCCAUGUCUCUCCUCUGGUCUUCCACACAUUCUUGGCCUCUCAGGGGCCUCUAGGCCCUGUUUGGGAACCAGCGUCUGAGUGUGUUGCUAGAUACUGAUGACAAGGGAUGAAAUAAGCCAAGAGGUCUUCAAACCCUCACCGGUGCUGAGGUGGCCCCUGAUCCCUCUUAAUUUCAGCCUAAUUGGUCAUGGAGGGCAGGAAGGGACGGCUCAGGCUCCUUGCCUCUUUCCAGGCCACUCCACGCACAUUCACCCACAUGCCAUUGAGAAAAACGCGCCCAAGAGGUGUAGGUGACAGGCCUGCCGGGGCCUGGAGAGUUGGGUGGUAGACAGGCCCCACCCACAGCUCCACCCCCACGCCGUGGCCCCGCCAGCCCCGCCCCGCGCCCUCAGCAGCCUUUGCUCUAAGCUCCGGCUUGGAGCUGCAGCUGGGGCAGCAGGUGAGGUGGCCUCCCUCUUCCCUGGCGGGGUGUGAGUGUUCACCUGGUGCCAGGUGCUCAGACUCGAGGGGGGAGGACGUUGGGCAUCACGGUAGCCCCGGGCGGGGCUCAGCUGCCCGAGGGCUCUCAGAACCGGCGGCUCUGGAUGAGGAUCCCAGUCUAGACCUCGACUUUGCUCCCAGCCAGGCCCAAACGGGGCCCCAGCGGGGCCUCAGCGAGGCCUAGAUGGAGCUUCUCCCGCCGCCAUCCCAGCCUUCACUGUUGCUGUUGCUGCUGCUGUUGCUUCCGCCGUCGCUGCUGGCCAGAGGGUCCUGGCGGUGCCCACGCACCCCCUAUGCCGCCUUGCGCAAUUUUGACGUGGAGUACCAGGUGCCCAGCUUCUCUGCCGGAGGUCCGGUACAGGCCGUAACGACCUACGAGGGCGGCGAGGACGGGAGUGCAGUGUUCGUAGCUAUACGCAAUCGCCUGUUUGUGCUGGGGCCUGGCCUGCAGCCAGUAGAGAGCCUGGUCACGGGCCCUGUUGGGGACUCCGGCUGCCAGACAUGUGCGGCCUGUGGCCCGGGCCCCCACAGCCCACAGGGAGACACAGAUGCACGGGUGCUGGUGCUGGAGCCGGCGCUUCCCGCGCUGGUCAGCUGCGGCUCUAGCCUGCACGGCCGCUGCUUCCUGCACGAACUUGAGCCGGGAGGCGCUGCCUUGCGCCUGGCACCUCCGCUCUGCCUCUUCUCCGCCCACCACAACCGACCCGACGAGUGCCCUGACUGUGUGGCCAGCCCCCUGGGCACCCUGGUGACCGUGGUGGAGCAGGGUCAUGCCUCCUACUUCUACACGGCAUCCUCGCUGGACGCGACGGUGGCCGCGAGCUUCAGCCCCCGCUCGGUGUCCAUCCGGCGCCUCAAGGCCGAUGCCUCCGGAUUCGCACCCGGCUUUGCAGCGCUGUCGGUGCUGCCCGAGUACCUCACUUCCUACUCCAUCGAGUACGUGUACACUUUCCGCGCCGGAGCCUUCGUCUACUUCCUGACCGUGCAGCGGCCCAGCGUGACAGCUGCCCCAGGCGCCUUGCACACGCGCCUGGCACGGCUCAGCGCUGCCGAGCCCGAGCUGGGCGACUACCGGGAGCUGAUCCUCGACUGCCGUUUGGAGCCCAAACGCCGGCGACGCGCAGCGCCCCAGGGGGGACAGUCCUACCCAGUGCUGAGAGCGGCCCACACAGCGCCCGUGGGCAGCCAGCUGGCCGCGGAGCUGAGCAUCCCCCAGGGCCAGGAAGUGCUAUUCGGAGUCUUCGCGACUAGGAGAGACAGCAGCCCCGGUGUGAAUCCCAAUUCUGUCGUCUGUGCCUUUCCCCUCGACCUCGUGGACACUCUCAUUGAGCAGGGUGUGGAACGCUGUUGUGAGCCUCCUGUCUCCCCCGGCCUGCGGCGAGGCCUCGACUUCUUCCAGUUGCCUAGUUUUUGCCCCAACCCGCCUGACCUGGAGGCCCCCAGCCUCAACACCAGCUGCCGUCACUUCCCUCUACUGGUCACUGGCAGCCUAUCACGUGUGGACCUCUUCAAUGGAUUGUUAGGACCAGUGCAAGUCACUGCCCUGCACGUGACACGCCUCAACAAUGUCACAGUGGCCCACAUGGGCACAGCUGAUGGGCGCAUCCUGCAGGUGGAGCUGGCCAGAUCUCUCAACUACUUGCUGUUUGUGUCCAACUUCUCACUGGGCAACAAUGGGCAGCCCACACAACGAGAUGUUAGUCGCCUUGGAGACCACCUGUUCUUUGCUUCUGGGGAUCAGGUCUUCCAGGUACCUAUCCAGGGCCCUGGCUGCCACCACUUCCUCACCUGUGGGAGUUGUCUGCGGGCACAGCGUUUCAUGGGCUGUGGCUGGUGUGGGGGCAUGUGUGGCCGGCAGAAAGAGUGUCCUGGCUCCUGGCAACAGGAUCAUUGCCCACCUAAGCUUACUGAGUUCUACCCUCAGAGUGGACCCCUAAGGGGCAGCACAAGGUUGACCCUGUGUGGCUCCAACUUCCACCUGCGUCCUGCUGAUCUGGUGCAUGAGGGCACGCAUCAUGUCACCGUGGGCCGAAGUCCCUGCCGACUGCUGCCCAAGGACAGUUCAAACCUCAGCCCAGUGCCCCAGAAAGACUUUGUAGAGGAACUUGAGUGUGAGCUACAGCCCUCGGGAAGGCAGCCAGCAGGGCCCGCCAAUGUCAGCCUCACUGUGACCAACGUGCCUCCAGGCAAGCACUUCCGGGUAGAUGGCACCUCCAUGCUGCAAGGCUUCUCUUUCAUGGAGCCGGUGCUGACAGCAGUAAAACCCCACUUUGGCCCACGGGCAGGGGGUACCCGCCUCACCCUUGAAGGCAAGGGCCUGUCCUUAGGCACCAGUCAGACUGUGCUGGUCAAUGGGACUGAGUGCCCACUGAAACAGGUCAGUGAGCGGCAGCUUUUAUGUACCACGCCCCCUGGGGCAGCUACGGCCAUCGUUCCCAUCCACCUGCAGGUAGGGGGUGCUGUGGUGCCUGGCUCCUGGAACUUUCACUACCGGGAAGACCCCAUUGUGCUGGGCAUCAGCCCCAACUGUGGCUAUAUUGGCUCCCAUGUCACCAUCCAUGGCCAGCAUCUGACUUCAGCAUGGCACCUAGUGCUGUCAUUCCAUGAUGGACUUAGGGUAGUGGAAAACAGGUGUAAGGGGCUGUCCCCGGAGCAGUACCAGUGCCGCCUGCCUGAUUACGUGGUCCGAAGCCCCCAGAGGUGGGUGAUAGGGAACCUGAGUGCCUGGGGGGAUGGAGCUGCUGGCUUCACACUGCCUGGUUUUCGCUUCCUGCCCCCACCCCAUCCAUCCAGCACUGACCUAGCCCCGCUGAAGCCUGAGGAGCAUGCCAUUAAGUUUGAGUAUAUUGGGCUGGGUGCUGUGGCUGAUUGUAUAGACAUGAAUGUGACCGUGGAUGGUAAGGUCUGCCAGCAUGAACUCCGGGGGGAUGUGGUCAUCUGCCCUCUGCCGCCCUCCCUGGAACUUGACAAGGAACCACUACCACUGCAGGUCUGCGUGGAUGAUAAAUGUCACAUCCUGGGGAGGGUGGUACGGCCAAGCCGAGAGCGGGUCCCACAGAGGCUACUCCUUGGUGUCCUGCUGGCCCUGCUCGUGCUUGUAGCUGUGCUGGCCACUGUGCUGAUCUUCAACUACCGGCGGAGGAGACAGCUAGUCCUCUCUCUAAACUCAGAUGACCUGGCAUCCUUGGGCCAGACGACUGGAGCUGUGCCCUUGCCUGUGCUCUGCUCAGGCUCUGACUACAGAAGUGGCCAAGGUAAGGCGGGGGAAGUGCUGAAAGCUGGAGCUACACACUCUGCUCCACAGACCCCUCACUCCCUCUCUUCCACAGCCACCCCUGCCGCCGCCGAUGGUCUGCAUGGUCUGGAUGGUCUGGAUUCUACUACUUGGGGCCACAAAGUGUCCUCCUCAGACAGUGGGGAUGGGUCCUGUGUCCCACUGCUGCGGACAGCGUCCAUCCAGCUUGGGGACUUGGACUCUGCACUCCUGGCCGAGGUCAAGGAUGUGCUGAUCCCCCACGAGCAGGUGGUCACCCACAGUGACCGAGUCAUUGGCAAAGGCCACUUUGGAGUUGUCUAUCAUGGAGAAUACAUAGACGAGGACCAGAAUCGAAUCCACUGUGCUGUAAAGUCACUGAGUCGCAUUACAGAGGUGCAGGAGGCAGAGGCCUUCCUGCGCGAGGGGUUGCUCAUGCGUGGUCUGCACCACCCAAACGUACUGGCUCUCAUCGGUAUCGUGCUGCCACCUGAAGGCCUGCCCCGUGUGCUGCUGCCCUAUAUGCGCCAUGGAGACCUGCUUCGGUUCAUCCGCUCACCCCAGCGGGUCGGUGCUCAGAAUCCCACAGUGAAGGACCUCAUCAGCUUCGGCCUUCAGGUAGCCCGUGGCAUGGAGUACUUGGCAGAGCAGAAGUUUGUGCACAGGGACCUGGCUGCUCGGAACUGCAUGCUGGACGAAUCAUUCACAGUUAAGGUGGCUGACUUUGGCCUGGCUCGUGAUAUCCUGGACAAGGAAUACUACAGUGUUCGACAGCACCGCCACGCUCGCCUCCCUGUCAAAUGGAUGGCACUGGAGAGCCUGCAGACCUACAGAUUCACCACCAAGUCUGACGUGUGGUCGUUUGGUGUGUUGCUAUGGGAGCUGCUGACACGGGGUGCCCCACCAUAUCCCCACAUUGACCCUUUUGACCUCAUUCAAUUCCUGGCCCAGGGUCGGCGCCUGCCCCAGCCUGAAUAUUGUCCCAAUUCUUUGUAUAUGGUGAUGCAACGCUGCUGGGCUGUGGACCCCGCAGUGAGACCCACCUUCACGGCACUGGUGGAGGAAGUAGAGCACGUGGCGGCCAGGCUGCUUGGGGACCACUAUGUGCAGCUGCCGGCAGCCUAUGUAAACCUGGGCCCUGGUGCCUCGGAGGAGGCAAACAAGCCCCCAGAGCAGUCGCAGACCACACCUGUGCACAGGAACACGGGUCGACUCCGGCCUUUCUCAGAGCCAUCACAGCCCACGUGACCUCAGCUGUGGGCAGGCCUCCAGGGAUCGGACUGUCUAGCAGCCAGGGAGUUAAUCCCAAACUGCUUCUGGGCCAGGCUAGGCCCCAGGGCAGCCCAGGCUGGCCUCUGUCCUCUCCCUCCCCCUGAACUUUCUGGGGCGACAGGAGGGAGCAGGGCCCCAUGGCCCCUCACUCCACAGAGCGAACAGUGGGGUGAUCCUCAAUGUGAUGAGUAUUUAUGAGGUGCCUGGUAUGUGCCUGACCUGCUGGGCACAGGAGACUCAGCAGUGACCGGCACUGGCCCUUGAAAUAGUAAAUGAACACCCAAAUAUUCAAGUGCAAAUCGUGGUCAAUGCUAUGAAAGAAAGGCUGCUAUGAGGGAAUGGAGGGCAGCUUUAGAGAGAGAAUAAAGGUGAGGGAAGCCUCCCUAGGAGGUGACAUUUCUGCUAAGUCCCCAUCAGGUGGGAACUGUGCCAGAAGCAGAGGGGGGAAGAGAGUUUUGGGCAAAGUGAGCAGCACAUACAAAGACUCUGAGGCUUUGUAGGGUCAGCACAAAGGCUUUAGAGAAUAGGAGGGUUAGGGUGAGGCCCCGAUCCAGGUUACAGGGUCCUGGGGACUUCUUGAUGGAACCAAGAAGGAUGGGUUGAGUACCCAGGCGUGCAGCAGCCAGAAUGGCUUCUCCCAUCACCCAGCCCGCAUCUGGCCCUCUCUAGCCUGUUCCCAGGGAUCCCUGCUCCACCUGCAGCUCCCUCUCGCACUGCAGGGCAUGGAGACCAGCUCCCCCCUCAACCAUGCCCUUACCAAAUCCUGCCAGAAUUCCCCUUGCUUCCUUGAGAUUGAUGAGCCAGCAGCAAGGCCUCAGCUCCACACUUUCAAGGCACCAGCUUCAAGACGUUGGACUGCCCAGGCUAUUUAUACCCGUCAAGGCCACUGCACAAUAGCCACUAGAUGGGCAGACUCCACUGGGGAGUGAGGACAGUUUCCUCCAUAUUGCUCCUCCCCACACCCUGGAUCCUA